CAACCUGGCCUCAUAAGCUCCCAGAUCCUUCCUACCCACACCGACACAAGCUCUCUCUCUUCCUCUCUAAAAAUCCCCUCCUCCUCAUUCUCUCCUCAUCCUUUUAAGCUUCACAAUACAAAUUUCUUAUAUAAAAACACACUUCAAUUUAAAAUCUUCCCGCUUCUCUUAACCCAACACCACCCUUUCUCGCUCGAUCGAUUUCCCCUGAAAUCACCGCAGAUCUGUGCUACCCAAAAGUGGAAGCGCAAGGUCUCACUCAAUACAAAAAAUAGAACAAGGGAAUGGCAGAACAAGGGUUAGAAGGAAGCCAACCAGUAGAUCUCAAGAAGCACCCUUCUGGAAUUGUCCCUACUCUCCAGAAUAUUGUCUCCACAGUAAAUUUAGACUGCAAAUUGGAUCUCAAGGCCAUUGCACUGCAAGCUCGUAACGCUGAAUACAACCCCAAGCGUUUUGCAGCUGUGAUUAUGAGAAUAAGAGAACCGAAGACGACUGCAUUGAUAUUUGCAUCUGGUAAGAUGGUUUGUACGGGAGCUAAGAGUGAACAACAAUCAAAAUUGGCAGCACGAAAGUAUGCUCGAAUCAUCCAGAAACUCGGUUUUCCAGCUCAGUUCAAGGAUUUCAAAAUCCAAAAUAUAGUUGGUUCUUGUGACGUGAAAUUUCCCAUAAGACUUGAAGGCCUGGCGUAUUCCCAUGGUGCCUUCUCAAGUUAUGAACCAGAACUGUUCCCUGGCUUGAUUUAUCGGAUGAAACAACCGAAGAUUGUGCUUCUGAUUUUUGUGUCUGGAAAAAUAGUUCUUACAGGGGCGAAGGUAAGAGGUGAGACAUAUGAAGCCUUUGAGAACAUUUACCCAGUUCUUACAGAAUUCAGGAAAAAUCAGCAAUGAUUAUUUGUGGGAAGCACACAGCAGUUGUAUCCGUGGGGCGGAAUACUUGGCACUAGGACAGUUGGGCCUGGAUUGAAUUGUAAAUAAGGGGAUUGGGCAUGGCUUGACUGGUGGAUGAUUAUAUUUAAGACUUAUUUUUGGGUUACAUAAGAGACGCGUGUAAUUCUGCUU